AUGAGCAAUGAGGUGUCAACCGAGUCUGGAGUUAAGCCGCAGCCAGGAGACCUGAUAGAGAUCUUCCGUGGCUCCUACCAGCACUGGGCUGUUUAUAUUGGCGAUGGAUUGGUUGUCCAUUUAGCACCGCCUUCGGAGAACCCAGGGGCUGGAGCCUACAGCAUGAUGUCCAUCGUUUGCGAUAGAGCCCGGGUGACAUGGGCUGGGUUCUGGGAUGUAGUGGGGACCGACGAGUGGAGGAUCAACAACAUCCUGGAUGACCAGUGUGAGCCCCGGAGUGCCGACCUGGUGGUGCAGGAGGCCCGUCGCUUGGUGGGCACCGAGCUGCCCUACAGUGUCUUCACGAGCAACUGCGAGCACUUUGCUACCGACCUGCGCUACGGCAAGGCCCAGUCUCGACAGGUAUGGAAAAUGGGCAAUGAGGUGUCAACCGCGUCUGGAGUUAAGCCGCAGCCAGGAGACCUGAUAGAGAUCUUCCGUGGCUCCUACCAGCACUGGGCUGUUUAUAUUGGCGAUGGAUUUGUUGUCCAUUUGGCACCGCCUUCGGAGAACCCAGGGGCUGGAGCCUACAGCAUGAUGUCCAUCGUUUGCGAUAGAGCCCUGGUGGCGCGGGCUGGGUUCUGGGAAGUAGUGGGGACCGACGAGUGGAGGAUCAACAACAUCCUGGAUGACCAGUGUGAGCCCCGGCGUGCCGACCUGGUGGUGCAGGAGGCCCGUCGCUUGGUGGGCGCCGAGCUGCCCUACAGUGUCUUCCAGAGCAACUGCGAGCACUUUGCUACCGAACUGCGCUACGGCAAGGCCCAGUCUCGACAGGUGCACCAGGCAGUCGGGGCUGCCGCAGUAUCAGUCGGGGCCUUAGUCGUUUUGGGUGUUGUGGUCAAGACCUUUUUGGAAGCGGGAGAAGAGAGGAAGAGAACACGGCGUUAUUGACAUCUGUUGAUCUGGAGGUGCUUGAUUACCACCAGCAAAUCAUGAUUGAACCAUUUUCCAACUUUUAACUUUUACUAACAGGCUUACUUACUUUUUACUAGCAGCACAACUUAGAAGGUGUUUUCGUUCUGUGUUCUGCAGAAGCCUAUUGAUCUCUUCCAAUAAUGAAGAUGCAAUAUCUAUAAGACAAGAGUAAGAUGGAUUUCAACAGAUAAAGUAACCUAAUGAAGGACCUGGGUUUUAUUUGUUAUUAUUGUUCAUCUGAAAAAAAUUAAAACCGGCUGCCAAAUGAUACCAUCCCUUCACUUAAAGGGUAAUUCCGGUGUAAAAUGGAUUUGGGAUAUGUUUUUUUUGAUAACGAGUUGAAACGUUCGUUUUGGAGCACAAAAACCGCA